CUCACCCGUCCAUGCCUUCCAUCGCCGCCGUCCCCGAGCCCAUGGCCGUCGACGACUCCGCCUCCAGGAAGGCCAAGCGCAAGCAGCUCAAGGCCGCCGAGGCCGAGGCCGCCGCCGCCGCCGCCACCUCGGCAAAGAAGGAGAAGAAGGACAAGAAGCGCAAGGCCAAGGCGCCCUCCUCCUCAGACGACGAGGAGGGCACCAGCAGCACCAGCUCCGAGUCCGACCGCGCGGCCAAGAAGGCCAAGAAGGAGAAGAAGGACAAGAAGGCCAAGAAGGUCGUCCAAGCCGAGGUGGAGGAGGAAGAGGAUGAGGUGAUGGAGGAGGAGGAGGAGGUGGAGAACGAUGGGGAGCUCACCGCCAGCGGCGAGGAGGAGGAGGAGGAGGACCCCGCCGACCCCAACUCGCUCGACAACUUCCGCAUCUCCGAGCCGCUCAAGCUCAAGCUCAGGGCCAAGGGCAUCAAGACGCUCUUCCCCAUCCAGGCCAGCACCUUCAGCCUCCUCCUCGACGGCAACGACCUCGUCGGACGCGCGCGCACUGGACAGGGCAAAACUCUGGCUUUUGUUCUCCCCAUACUGGAGUCAUUGGUCAAUGGGCCACACAAGGCAACCAGAAGGACUGACUACGGCAGGCCUCCAAGCAUUUUGGUUCUGCUACCUACCAGAGAGCUAGCCAAUCAGGUGCACGCUGACUUUGAGUAUUAUGGUGGAGCAUUUGGGUUUUCUACAUGCUGUGCUUAUGGAGGCUCUCCCUAUCGCCCUCAAGAGAUGGCAAUGAGAAAGGGGGUUGACGUUGUUGUUGGUACCCCUGGCCGUGUGAAGGAUUUGAUUGUCAAGGGAACACUCAACUUGAAGGCCUUGAAGUUCCGUGUCCUUGAUGAGGCUGAUGAAAUGCUUAACAUGGGGUUUGUUGACGAUGUUGAGCUUAUUCUUGGCAAAGUUGAAGAUGUCACAAAAGUACAGACACUUCUGUUCAGUGCUACUCUACCAGAGUGGGUAAAGAAGCUCUCAAUGAGGUUCUUGAAACCUGACAAGAAGACUGUUGAUCUUGUUGGCAACGAGAAAAUGAAAGCUAGUGCAUCUGUCAGGCAUCUUGCUCUUCCCUGUAACCGUGCUGCAAGGGCACGAGUUAUUCCAGACAUCAUUCGAUGCUAUAGCCAUGGAGGGCGAACCAUUAUUUUCACCGAGACAAAAGAUUCUGCAUCAGAGCUCUCUGGUUUGAUUCCUGGAUCCCGUGCCUUGCAUGGAGAUAUCGCGCAAGCUCAACGUGAAGUAGUUAUUGCUGGAUUCAGAAGCGGCAAGUUUGUUGUUCUGGUUGCUACAAAUGUGGCUGCGAGGGGUCUUGAUAUUAAUGAUGUGCAGCUUAUCAUUCAGUGCGAGCCUCCAAAGGAUGUUGAAGCUUACAUCCACCGGUCAGGUCGCACAGGGAGAGCAGGGAAUACUGGCAUUGCAGUCAUGCUUUUUGAACCCAGAUAUAAAUUUGGUUUGACCAGAAUAGAGAGGGAGUCUGGGGUGAAGUUUGAACAUGUAUCUGCGCCGCAGCCUAGCGAUGUGGCACAAUCUGCUGGCAAUGAAGCAGCAGAAGCCAUUGCAAGUGUGUCUGACAGUGUUAUUCCUGUUUUCCGGCAACAAGCAGAAGAGCUGUUAAGUUCUUCCAGCAUGUCUGCAGUCGAUCUACUAGCCAAAGCCCUUGCAAAGGCAGUUGGGUACACUGACAUAAAGAAGAGAUCGUUGCUUUCUUCCAUGGAGAACUGUACUACAUUACAUCUUUCAACUGGCAGUACGAUGUAUACACCAUCGUAUGUUAUUUCCACUUUGAAGAGGUUCAUGCCAGAAGACAGACUUUCAAAUGUGCAGGGUGUAGCCCUUACCUCUGAUGGGAGAGGCGCUGUAUUUGAUGUUCCUUCAGAAGAGGUUCAAGAUUAUCUUCAAGGCGUUGAGAACGCAGCUGGUGUGACACUUGAUGAAGUGAAGGAACUGCCAGCCUUGCAAGAGAGGGAGCAGCAGUCAAGGGGUGGUGGGUCGAGGUGGGGCGGCGGCGGUGGUCGUGGCGGUGGUGGCAGGAGAUUUGGGGGUGGUGGUGGUGGCCGAGGAGGUUUUGGUGGGAGAGGCAGGGGAGGUGGUGGAAGGUUUGGCAGGAGGUGAAGACCUCGGAGCAGCGUAAUCUAUUUUUGACGGGAGUUUGAGAGAGGCACAGGGAAUCGUCAGAGUUUUGACUGCGCCGUGUAUCGGGUUUCUUUAUUUUAUUCUCUAGUGUUGUCCCAGAGAUUAUGACGAUCAAGUUUGCCAUCGGAAGAGUGUAAAAUAUUUGAUCAUACUCAAGACACUGUUAUGAAUGAACCUAUAGUUUGUUGUUUCGGAACAAAUGAACUACUCCAUUCUGGUU